GAGUACGUUUGUUUGUAAUCAGACUGUACCAGUUGAUACAGCCAAUGAUAGUUAAUGCGAUACACGCUGUUGGUGAUCAAACAGUCGAGCCAGUGGUGUGCAUCGCGAAGCUUCAAAUCUCACGUUCAUUUGUCGGAUCGUAAAGUAGAUUUACGAUUAAUGUCGAAGAUGACGCCUCUACGUCGGUGGGUGUUGCUGGCGUUGCUGUUGGCCGCGGUGGCCGCGCAUCCGCUCGAGCACGCAUGCGUCCACCUCUGCCGUGCACGGGACACCAGCCCCGAGAAGAUCACGGGAGUCUGCCAGCACCAGCAGAAACUCGUCCUUCAGUCCAGCGGUGGCCGGUUCCCGAUUCACCGUCUCUUCAGUCUCUGCUUGACCCCGUGUCAUGGCUCGUCGGAUCUCCUCGUCUUCGAGGACAGCCAUGCCUGUCGCACGUUCAGGGAGACGCUUAUCCAGUAUCACGGUUGUUCCUGCAACGACGUAAACCGUGAGGUGGCGAGGAACGAUGAAGAAGAUCCUUGGAGAGGCAAGCAACUCGAGGAGGAUCAGUCGAGGAAGGCCGGUGAGUCGAAGAUAUUGAAGAAAGCCGACGACGAGCAGGUUCCGGCUGACGUUCAGGGUCAAGGUUUGAAGAUGAAAGAUCUUCCUGCCACGAAGCUCGAAGUGGGGGAGGACAUGUUAGACAAGGCAGACGUUGAAGAUGCUGGUACCGAUGACGCGGAUAAGGGAGCAAGCAAGGAGGAGUCCGAGGACGUUGCUGCCACCGGCAACGAAGCAAACACCACGGAUGAAACGUCCGUAGACUGGGACCGAUGGUGCAUGGCUCAAUGUGACAACGGUAACGGGGGCAGCGCCUGUCAUUGUGACUUGAUACCGUGAAGAGGCGGAAGAGGGCUUACGAAGGGAUGAGGAGAAACAGACUCACGAAUUCACAUAUCUCGUAGGUUAGUCGGGGCAAUGGUACCGAUAGAUAGUAUAAGGUUAGUCUCUUCUAGUUGGUCGAUAACACGUAAAACCGCGUUUUCGUUUUUUAUUUUCUUAAUCUCUACUCGUGCCCUCCGUUAAUCCUUUAGGGAAGCUGCGACUCGUGUAUACAGUUCCAAUUAUCGCGGAUCAACAAGAUAGAAAGAGAGAGAGAGAGAG